AUGGCUCCCGUGCGGCGGACGCUGGAGCUCUUCUACGACGUGCUGUCCCCCUACUCGUGGCUGGGUUUCGAGGUGCUGUGCCGCUACCAGCACCUGUGGAACGUGGACCUGCAGCUGCGCCCGAGCCUCAUUGCGGGGAUUAUGAAGGACAGCGGAAACAAGCCGCCUGCCCUGCUUCCCCGCAAAGCCCAGUACUUGACCAAGGACCUCACCCUCCUCAGGCACCACUUCCAGGUUCCCAUCUCUCUCCCCAAGGAUUUCUUCUCUGUGAUCCUUGAAAAAGGGAGCCUGUCCGCCAUGCGGUUCCUCACAGCCGUGCACCUAGACUGCCCGGAGAUGUUGGAGAACGUGUCCCGCGAGCUGUGGAUGCGCAUCUGGUCGAGGGAUGAAGACAUCACAGAGCCCCAGAGCAUCCUGGCGGCUGCACAGAAGGCCGGGAUGUCUGCGGAACAAGCCCAAGGGGCUCUGGAGAAGCUUUCCACGCCGAAGGUGAAGCAGCAGCUGAAAGACACCACGGAGGCCGCCUGCAGAUACGGGGCCUUCGGGCUGCCGAUCACCGUGGCCCACGUGGAUGGCCAGACGCACAUGAUAUUCGGCUCAGACCGCAUGGAGCUGCUGGCACACGUGCUAGGAGAGAAGUGGAUGGGCCCGGUGCCGCGGGCCGGCCACGCCAAGCUGUAG